CGUCGUGUGACUUGAGCGCUUGAACAAAUAUUACAAACACUUGGAUUUGCGCAGUUUUAUUUAACAAAUUCUUAUAAUAAAGUUCUUAAAACAGUGAAGACUCUUCACAAUUUGCCAUUUAUAAUUUCAAGACCUCGUAAUGUGAUUGGUUUGUGUGCAAAUUUUAAAGGAAAAAAAUGUUUGAACUCGAAGAGCCCGACAAAGGGUAUGCUUGGGUUGUCGCUUUGGCUGCCUGUGUCAUCAAUAUGAUAUUGUCUGGAAUAGCUCGUAUGAUUGGAUAUUUGUAUGUAGCCGUCAUUAAAGCGUACGGUUGCACAAGAGAGGAAGCAACGCUGCCAUUCACCCUCAGAAAUUCAGUACGUAGUCUCUCAGGUCCCUUGGUGGGAAUUAUAGGAACUCGGUUCGGCAUUCGGACGGUGACUUUCUUUGGUGGUUUGAUGGCUGCGGCAGGAGCCGCCCUCUGCAGCGUAGCCCCAAAUAUCAGCUGGCUAGCUGUCUGCUGGGGCGGAAUACACGGUAUGGGUUUCGCCUUCGCCAACACUUUGUUUCAAGUCGUGGUCAAUCAAUAUUUCCAGAAGUACAGGGCCACGGCUUCUGGAAUAGCCCUGUCUGGAGCGUGUGUGGGCAGCUUGGUCUUUCCAAUCAUGAUCGAAGCUAUCCUGGACAAGUACGCACUUUCGGGAGGAUUCCUUAUAUUAGGGGGCAUCGUCAUGCAUGUCCUGCCCCCCGCUCUGCUGCUCAGUGUACCCCAGUGGGUCAAAUAUCCAGAAGCGUACGCACGACUGUGGGCCUUAAAGAAUGCUGCGAGUGCCUCUUCUGAUACGGUUGUUUCUGUGGACGAUUCAGCUGCAAAGCUAGAGGAGGAUGAACCCGAGGAAAAGGCGGAGAGGGAGCUGGCCAGAACCACUUCCCUCAGCAACUGCCCCAUUGAAAGCAUCGAUGUGUGCAAAGUCUCUUGCAAGAAUUUCAACAAGCAAAGGCAAAGUGGAGUGUUCGGGCCUGUCGUGGGGCUGGUCAGGAACAGGGCAGACACUGACGAGAAUGUUGUCUGUACCGGCUAUCGAAAGAAGUGUUAUUAUCCACAGGAGACAACAAUACCACAGAAAGAAAGCAGCGAUUCUUCUAACUCCAGCUCUGGAGUUUAUUCCAUUUCCAGCCAAGUUGAUGAGAAGAGCAACAACAAAACGAACAGCGAGAAACCUGUGUUGGAAGCGGCCAAUACGAAGAUAAGAGCAAAAAAUCAGAGUACUCAGUCCAUUUCGCAAAGCAUUAAGAGCAUAGCGGCACUCUACACCAAUCCCGUGUAUGUGCUCAUCAGUUUCUGCAUGUCUACUUACAUCCUCAUUUUCAUCCCCAUCCUCACUGUCAUCGUCGAUUACAGCAUAGACAAGGGAAUUCCGGAAUCCAAUGGAAAAUAUCUGAUCAACGCCAUGGCUAUUGGGGAUCUGGCUGGGCGACUGUGCUUCGGUUGGGUGACUGACAAAAAACUAAUGACGAUUCCUGCUUUCAUGACCUUGGUCCUAGUCCUGGAAGGCAUUUUCAUCGCCCUCUUUCCAUUUGCCAUGACUCUGACCUCUUUCAUGGUCUUGCUGAUUCUUUACGGCAUGACGGCUGGUGCGAUUCUUGUCCUAUUCCCCGUCCUCGUGCUGCAGUACGUGGACUACAGUUCGCAGUCUGUGGCUAUGGCCUGUGUGGGCUUUUUAUCUGGAAUCGUUUCCUUUGCCAUUCCACCCAUGAUCGGCCAUUUCAGAGAUAAGGUCGGAUCCUACGACGGAAUGUUCUAUUUGACUGGAGGUAUAUCCGUUUUAUCGGGUGGGCUUUGGCUUUUGGAACCCAUAGUGGUGAGGUACUACUACAGCAAACAAGGGCAAGACAACGACAGCGCAUGCAUAGUGAAAAAUAACUUCAAGACGCUGGAAAACGGAACAGAAAAGAAACCAAUUACAAAGGAUCCUUUUAGUAUGCGAUCUCCCCGAGACAGAGUUAGUACACAAAGGUGGCUAAUAGGUUACAUCAUGGCCGGAAAAAGAAAGCCAGAGGGACCGGACAGUGCACGAUCAUGGGCGAUCGCGGCCGCUGCAUGUGUCAUCAACACCCUCUUGUCUGGAAUCAGCAGAGCGACCGGAUUGUUCUAUGUGGCCCUAAUAGAGACUUACGGCGUGUCCAGACUUCAAGCCAAUCUGCCCUUUACCAUGAGAAAUGCUAUUAGAAACCUACUAGGUCCACUAGUAGGAGCCAUUGGUCAGCGUUACGGACCACGAAAUGUAACAAUUGUUGGUGGAAUCUUUGCCUCGCUUAGCAUCAUUUUGUGUACUUUUGCGCCAAAUGUCAUUUGGAUCACUAUUCUCUGGAGUGGAAUGCACGGAUUAGGUGUUGCUUUGGGAAACACGCUCUUCCAAGUUAUAGUUACUCAAUACUUCGAGAAAUACCGCGCCACAGCUUGUCUGGGUUCAUUUAUCUUUCCUAUUCUUACCGAAUACAUGCUAGACACUCUGGGUCUGGCUGGCUCAUUUUUAGUGACAGGUGGUCUCGUCUUGCAUGUCUUACCCGCUGCCAUCAUGCUAAAAGAACCACCUUGGAUCCAAAGGAAUAUAGAAGUGAAAGAAAAAGUAAAAGCUAAGAAACAGCUUUCGAAUGUGUCCACGACGAAAUCGACUCAUUCCAUGUCUAUUUUACAAGAGGAUGAAACCUCUACCGACAUUCAGAAUGUUAGCGUUGUGAGAAGAAGUUCUUCCUCCAAUUCUAGUGCAUAUCAUGAAGACAAAGACAAAGAAUCAAAUUCUGCUCGUGAUGUAAACAAUAUGACAUAUGGAAUAGUCAAUCCUGGUUAUGCAGGGUCUAGUCUUGAGCUAAAUAAAAAGAAAUCAUAUCAGAAUCGAGAUGAAUUUGUAUCAAGAGAGAGACUACGAACCAUUUCCAUAGGGGAAGUAAGCCUCACUAUUAAAAUUCCUCCACCAGAGCAUCAGCAAGAAACGUCCAUCUAUAAGGGCACGAUAAAGCUUUUCCGAGACCCCAUGUUCCACAUGAUCAGCCUAUCCCUUGCAGCUUUUAACAUGCUCUUCGACCCAGCCCUAACGGUCAUCGUCGAUUAUCUUAUAGACAAGAGCGUCACAGAAGAGAUCGCUAAAUACUUCAUCAGUAUCUUUUCUGUAGGAGACCUGCUGGGAAGGCUAUGUUUCGGUUGGGUAACAGACAGAAACUACAUGUCAGUCUCCAAUUUCAUGAUGGUUAUUCAAAUAAUGCAGGGACUGUGUUUCCUUGCCAUGCCUUUCUUCAAUGGUUUUGACACACUUAUGGCAAUAAUGGUCAUCUAUGGAGUGAUGUCUGGGGCAAACUUAGUUAUGUAUCCAAUAUUAAUUGGAAAAUAUCUCAUGUCCGUGCAGUCAUUGGCCAUUGGUUUCAUAGCCUUCUUCAGUGGUUUACUAUCAUUUGCAGUUCCACCUCUGAUAGGUUAUUUACGGGAUGAUGUGGGGUCUUAUGAUGGAAUGCUCUACAUAACCGGAGGUUUGUCUGCCGCAACAGGUUGCCUCUGGUUGUUAGAACCCUUAUUGCUGAAACUUCGAGAAAAACUGCAAAAGAAUGAUCCAAAGUAUAGGGCCACGGCUUCUGGAAUAGCCCUGUCUGGAGCGUGUGUGGGCAGCUUGGUCUUUCCAAUCAUGAUCGAAGCUAUCCUGGACAAGUACGCACUUUCGGGAGAUUAGGGGGCAUCGUCAUGCAUGUUCUGCCUCCCGCUCUGCUGCUCAGUGCACCCCGUGGGUCAAAUAUCCG